GAUGCCUUUGAUGAUAUUCUCUCAGCUUCAAAGAAAAGUCCAAUCUAAUGUGCUUGACCGAACAAGGACAAACUCAGAUUGUCCUAUUCAGGGAACAACAUUACCUUUUCUUGAUUUAAAAAGGAAAAGCCAACAAAUCCAUUCUAGAUCUUUGCGCAAACCUGCAUCUUCCUUGGACCAAAUUUAGAAGACCAAGAGAGAAGUCUUCACGUAGUCAUAAAAAAUAUUCCCAAAAAUUUAUAUAUAAUUAAGAAGCAAGUGCAACUGCCCAAAUUGAAACCUCAACUACUUUCCACUAUAAGUAGAGCCCAUCAACAUAUCAUCCCUAACAAGUCCAUUUCCUUUGUUCUUCAUCUCUACUUCUGAAGAUCCUUUUGCAAUGUUUCUCUGUAGCUGAUCAAGUGAGAUAUUUCAGAAAUUUAUACACAAGAUUACAGGGAAACAGCACAACAACAAGUCAAAGUUAAAGCAAAAAAGCAUUUAGGAGAUGGCCAGUAGAGUUCUUGCAACAACCUUCAGUGGCAUCAAGAUUAGAGAGGAUGGUUUAAGCUCUGCAAAAAGUGUGGACUUUACGAAGUUCUCAGGUUCCCAGAGGAUUAAAUCGAGGAAAUCAAAGGCGUUGGUGAUUCGAAAUUCAGCCUUUGAAGAACUGCUGCCUGUGUCGUUGAGAACCCAACUCUUAGACAUGAUUACAGGCCAAAAGAGGGUUUGGCCAAUCAACUUGGAUGCUACCAACAGUGAAAAUAAGGUAAAAAUCAGAGGGUCAGUAGUGUUGAUGAAGAAGAAUCUGUUGGACUUGAAUGACUACCCCGCAUCGAUAAUUGACUGGGUCAAUGAAUUCUUGGGCAAAGGCAUCUCAUUACAGCUGAUUAGUUCUGUAAAUGGAGAUCCGGGUAAAGGCAUGCGUGGGAGGAUUGGAGAACCUGCAUUGUUGGAAAAUUGGAUAACAAAAAUCACCAAGCCAACAGCAAGUUCAUGUACGUUUCAAAUCACAUUUGAUUGGGAUGAAACCAUGGGAAUUCCUGGAGCUUUCAUCAUUAAGAAUUUACACCACCAUGAGUUCUUCCUCAAGACUCUCACUCUUGAUGAUGUUCCUGGAAAGGGUCGCAUCCACUUUGUUUGCAACUCAUGGGUUUACCCUGUUGAACAAUACAACUCUGACCGGAUUUUCUUUGCUAACCAGGCCUACCUGCCAACUAAUACUCCAGAACCUUUACGCAAGUACAGGGAACAAGAGCUUGUGAAUCUAAGAGGAGAUGGCAUAGGAGAGCUAAAGGAAUGGGACAGAGUGUAUGAUUAUGCAUGCUACAAUGAUCUUGGUGACCCUGACAAGGGUCCCAAGUAUGUGAGACCUGUUUUUGGAGGGUCCAAAGAAUAUCCUUACCCUCGCAGGGGAAGAACUGGCCGGAAACCCACAAAGACAGAUCCUAAAACCGAAAGCAGAUUGCCAAUUAUAAGUCUGAAGCCUCUGAACAUCUAUGUUCCAAGAGAUGAACAGUUUGAUCACGUGAAGAUGGCAGAUAUUCUUGCUUAUGCUCUUAAAGCUAUUUCCCAGCUCUUACUCCCAGCACUGAAUAAUUUUUUUGACCGCAACCAAAAUAAAUCCCGUAGCAUGCAAGACAUAAUGGACAUGUAUGAGGGAGGGAUUAAAAUCCCCAAUAAUCCCACAGUGGAGAAAGUGACGGAUGCAAUACCUCUAGAGAUGCUAAAAGAACUUUUUUGUUCAGAUGGAGAGCAGCUCCUCAAAUUCCCUAUGCCUCAAGUGAUCAAAAAUGACAAGUCAGCCUGGAGGACAGAUGAAGAAUUUGCAAGAGAAAUGCUCUCUGGAGUGAACCCAGUUUCCAUCCGCUGUCUCCAAGAGUUUCCCCCAACCAGCAAGCUCAAUCCCGAUGUUUAUGGAAACCACACCAGUUUAAUAACCAAGGAACACAUUGAGAAGAACCUAAAUGAGCUAACAGUAGAUGAGGCCAUCAAGAGCAACAAGCUAUUCAUAUUGGAUUAUUAUGAUGCACUGAUGCCAUACUUAAGGCGUAUAAACACUACUACCACAAAGACCUACGCUGCCAGAACAAUUCUCUUUUUGAAAGAUGAUGGGACCUUAAAGCCAGUAGCAAUCGAGUUGUGUUUACCACACCCAGAUGGAGACCAGCUUGGGCCAGUUAGUAAGGUAUUCACUCCGGCUGAGGAUGGAGUUGAAGGUUCAGUUUGGCAGUUAGCCAAAGCAUAUGUUGCUGUGAAUGACUCUGGCUUUCACCAGCUCAUCACCCACUGGUUGAAAUCCCAUUCAGUGAUGGAGCCUUUUGCUAUUGCGAUGAAUAGACAGCUUAGUGUGCUUCAUCCAAUCCAUAAGCUUUUGUAUCCUCACUUUCGGGAUACCAUGAAGAUAAAUUCUGUUGGGCGGCAGAUCCUUAUCAAUGCCAAUGGAAUAUUUGAGAGCACUGUCUUUCCAGGGAAAUUUGCCUUGGAACUGUCCACUGCAGUUUAUAAGAACUGGGUUUUCCCUGAACAGGCAUUGCCAGCAGAUCUUGUCAAGAGAGGAAUGGCGAUUCCAGACUCAAGUAACCACCAUGGCCUCCAACUUGUUAUUGAGGACUACCCAUAUGCUGUUGAUGGGCUUGAAAUCUGGUCAGCAAUUGAAACAUGGGUUCAUGAGUACUGCUCUUUCUACUAUCCAAAAAAUGAGAUAAUCCAGGGUGAUUCUGAACUUCAGUCCUGGUGGUCAGAGAUUCGUAAUGAAGGUCAUGGUGACUUGAAGGAUGAGUCAUGGUGGCCUAAGAUGCAGACACUUUCUGAUCUAAUACAAACAUGCACCAUUAUUAUAUGGAUUGCCUCAGCCUUCCAUGCAGCUGUCAAUUUUGGACAAUACCCUUAUGCAGGCUACCUCCCAAACCGCCCGACAAUUAGCCGUCGCUUCAUGCCUGAGCCAGGCACUCCUGAAUAUGCCGAGCUUAAGUCAGACCCUGAUACAACCCUCCUGAAAACAAUUACAGGCCAGCUACAGACUCUCCUUGGAGUGUCCGUAGUAGAGAUUUUGUCUAGGCAUUCAUCUGAUGAGGUUUAUCUCGGACAGAGAGACACUCCUGAGUGGACAUCAGAUGCAGAACCAUUGGAAGCAUUCCAGAGAUUUAGAAAUAAGCUAAUGGAGAUUGAAAAGAGAAUUAUGAAGAUGAACGAAGACCCAAGCUGGAAAAACAGAGUAGGUCCAGUAAAGAUGCCAUACACUCUGCUCUAUCCAGAUACUUCCAACACCACCGGCGUUGGUGGGCUCACUGGCAAGGGAAUUCCCAAUAGUGUUUCAAUAUAGAGGUUUACAAUUACCCAAAACCAAUGUACUAUUUUAUCAUACUCAAGUUUGGCAUGGAAAUGAGCUCAUAAGAUGUAUAUGGAGUUCCUUACCCUAUAUAUCAGUGGAAACCAGAAAAUUUCUCUUUCAUGGGUAUUUUAAAUCUCCCAUGAAGAUCAUAGGAAACUUUUCCUCAGAAAAUGCAAUAGUGAAUAUGACCCUAUUAAUCUC